UUGGCCAACUUUCUUGGGCUUCAUUCGCGCUCUAAACGAUCAUGAAAGCGGUUCUCUGUGCGAUUUUAUUUUCCUUCCUGGCCGUCUUGGUCCAGGGCCUGCCCACCCAGGGCGGUGAAUCCUUCGCGGGCCGUACUUCUCAACUGAUUGCCCUGCAGCUGCUGAAGUUCAACAAGGAUAUUGACUCGAAUCAGGUCCACUCGCCCCUAGGAGUUGCGUCCAUUCUGUCCGUUUUGGCUGAGGCUUCUGAGGGAGACACCUUCGAGGAGUUCCAGCAGGUCUUUGGCUAUCCCAAGGACAGGACUCAGUUAAGGGACAUCUACCAGCGCAUCUUGAGCAGCUACCAGAACCGAGAUGCCGCCGUUGCCUUGCCCUCCUUCCAAACCUGGUUGUACAUCUACCGAAACAACAGUGCCCGAGAGGAGUUCAAGGAUAUACUGCAGAAGCACUACUUUGUGGAGGUGAAGGACAUUAAUCGACAGGAGUACGAUUGGAGUGAGCCCAAUACCUCGCUGCAGCUGGAGGAAUUGUCUGAAGGCAGCAACACAGAGCCCAGCAACAGCAAGGAUGUGAUUGGCUUCGAGACCCUGAAGAGGAUCAAGCUGGAUGAGGAGGAUGAUGUGCCGGCAAUCCCAGACUCAUAUGGCCAGGAAAUCAUCAACAAGGAGGCGUCCAAGUUCGAUCGAGAGGUGGACGACAAGCAGUAUGUUGAAAAACCAGUUGCCCAGGCUGAGGCCGAACAACUCCAAAAAGAGCAGGCUGCCGCCACCACCGAAUCCGAAUUAGAAUCUCAAUCAGAACCGGAGGCAACCACCCCGGCUGCUAUCUUUGCGGAAAAACAGGAAAAACCAGACAUGAUAGCCGAGGAAAAUCCAGUAGAGAAGCAGCAGAACAAGCGCAGCGACCAGGAGAAUGGCCCCGAGGAGAGUCAGAUCAAGAAUCUGCAGGAGAACGAGACGGUGCAGGAGGAGGAGAAGCUGGCCAAGCUCGUGCCAGCAGCCAACGUCGCUGCCGUGACCGCCGGUGAACCCGAGAAGGUGCGUCUUCCCCUCGAGAAACUAGAGAAUGCAGUUAAGGCGGUGGCCAAGGAUGGAGCCGACGAGAUCAUGAUCGCUCUGGAAUCCCACUUGGCAUCAGUCAGUAGGGCUUAUGGAGCCCGCAGCCUAUUCCGCCAGGACGACAUCACUUCUGCCCUGAGUGCCAACUCGAUCACCGGGCGCUCGGCUGGCUCCAAGUCCAAGAUGCUGCUCUUCAAUGGACUGUACUACCGUGGCAGCUGGGCCAAUCCCUUCUACCAGCUCCGUGAUGGAAGUGAUGAGUUCUUCUUCAUGACCAACGAGGAUGCCAUGAAGGCGCCGAUGAUGCACGCCCGUGGAAAGUUCCAGGUGGCCGAGUUGCCCAAGCUGAAGGCCAGAGUCUUGAGUCUGCCCUACGAAACCUCCCGCUAUUCCCUGUGCAUUAUCCUGCCGGAUGAAACCGAAGGACUGAGUGAUGUCAUUGCCCAGCUGGAGACCAGCGACUUUGAGCAGGCCAAGAAGUCCUUCCAGCUGAAGGAGAUGCACGUCUCCCUGCCCAAGUUCCAGGUGGAGGAGACCUCACGCUCCGAGGCCAUGCUUAAGCAAAUGGGCUUGAAGAAGCUCUUCUCCCGCACGGAAGCUCAGUUGGGAUUGCUGUCAGAGGACCCGGAUGUCCAUGUCGAUGAGAUCGUCCAGUUUGUGAAUGUGCGAGUGGACGAGGGCGGCAGCAGUACCAACGCCCUGUCCGCGGCCAACAUGCAAGCCAGAACACCUAGUGUGGAGUCCACUGUGCUGCCCGUCCCGGAGCCGGAGCCCGAGCCCGGAGUAGAACGCUUCGAGGUAAACCGUCCGUUCGCCUAUUUCUUAGUCGACUGCGAGGAGCAGUUUGUUCUGGCCUCCGGAAAGGUAUACACGCCCGAGUUCAAGGAGGAUCUCCCACCAGUCUCCAUCGAAGUGGAACUAGAGCAGUCCUAGGCCGACUGUGAAUUUAGACUUAUAAGUUUCGUAACGAAUUUUCACCGAUCCCAUGCAAUAAAUAAGCACAAUUCAUUUUCUCAA